AUGCCCUAUGAGACAAAGGACUUUUUGCAGUUGAAACGCUUUCAGGCGCAGAAGUUCAAUUCUGCCUACGUUUACGACUACCCGGCCCUGUUUGGUCAGGUUCUGCGAGAUGACUGGGAAACCUACAGACCCAACACCGUCCUCUUCACGUUGGAAAAUGAAGGCGGCGAGUCGCCGAACCCGAAGUCGGCGCUAACGGCAACUUCAGAGAAAUCAGAAAUGCCGGGUAGACCCUUCAGCGACUACAUUUUGGAAUGCACAGAGCUCUGCCUCAGUGACAGUGGUCAACUAGUGCCCGUAGAGCGUGUCGCCGGCCUAAAUAAGGUCGGUAUUGUGGUCUGGAAGAUGCUUAUGAAAACACUUGAAUUUCCCGAAGGUCGACCCGUCAUUGUGAUCGCCAAUGACGUGACCCACAAGGCUGGCUCCUUCGGACCCGCUGAGGAUCUAAUCUUCUUCCGCGCCAGUGAACUGGCUCGGCGUCUAGGCAUCCCUAGGGUGUUCAUUGCAGCCAACACUGGCGCUCGUAUCCGGUUGGCUGAAGAGGUUAAGGCAGUCUACAAGGUCGCCUGGAUUGAUGACGCCAACCCCGUAAAGGUACUCAUCGUCGUUAAUCAGUUUUUAUAG